AUGAAAGUAAGUUCGAAAUUUAGUCAAUUUUUUUAUUGCGGAAAAUUUGGCGGCUCUAAUAUUAUUUCACUUUACUAUUUACUUAAUUUACCAUUUGUUUCUAACUUUACCAAUCUCAUCCAACCGUUACAAACUUCAACCCUAGGUUUCUCUUCAGCCUCCCCAAUCGCCUCCAUCUCUAUUCUCGUUCUUAACUAUGAAGUUGCCCUCUCACUGUCUCUGCAACUGCAAACUACAAAAUCUACAAGAAUCAGAAGUUCAAAACCCAUAUACUUCAGUUUAUCUAUCUGUUUGCUAGAAUCAAAAGUUCAAAACCUAUUACCUAUAUCAAAACCCAUAUCUGCCGAUUUCUCACUUGCAACAUCUCUCGCGCUCUCCAUCACUGGUGCGAAGGCCUUCCUUUGGCAGCAAAGACACUCGCAGAGGUUAUUUCUACUCAACUUGGCAAGCAAGAGUAUUGGUCAAAUUCAGGUGAACCACAGGGACUUUUGCUUGAAGCUCGGGCUUGAUCAUCCUGUUUCUUAUUACUGGAAUGUCAUAGAGAAAGUUUACUUAUUACAAGGGGAGAAGCUAUUUGGAAUGAGUAGUGUGGUAAAGAGGUAUUUCAAAUCAAAUGGGCAGGAGUUGUUGAAAUUGAAGUCGAAGUUGAAGAUGAAGCUAGAAAAAAGAAAGUUUGAAGAUGGGGUAGUGGUUGUGCUUUCUGAAUUUCCUUGGCCGAUGUGAAAGCUUCUAGUACAUUUUGAUGGGUUCUUUUGAGGAAACUUGUGGUUGUGUUUACUACUUUUGUGAAAAAUAUUUCUUUUGUAAAAAUUUGGUGUUCACUACAGCUUUAUCUAUUAGUAAACAAUUUGGAUGGUAUUUUCAUA